UUAGCUUUAGGGGUGGGGUUAUAGUGUCUCCGACCAAUCAGGUAGCGCUUUUCUGAUUAAUAUGACAAAUUCGUCCAAUCAGGAAUGGCUUUCCUCAUGAAUAUGAAUGAGUCUUCCUCUGUUGCAUUUGAGCAGCAUCGUGAAGGACUGCCGUUCCACCGGUGAUGUUUGACGGUGAUUUGCGGUCAGUGGAAACGUGCGAGUCACAUUCGCAUGUAAAGAGCGAGUGUGAGCGAGAGAACCGGUGCACAAUCCGUCAUGGCUGUAGCUUUGAGGAGCUGGAGCGCCAAUGAAGGAGCCAAACACUUCGUCAUGAUGGUUUGGGUUGGAGUGAAUAUCUGGCUCUUCUGGAGAACAUUCAUGUUGUACUGCAGUGGAGUACAAUAUUAUUAUCUACACAAGAUGCUGGGGCUGGGUCUUUGCAUCAGUCGAGCGUCUGCAUCUGUGUUAAACUUCAACUGUAGUUUGGUGCUUCUGCCAAUGUGCAGAUCUCUACUAACCUUCAUCAGAGGAUCCCAGCGGGUGACGGGUAGACGAGUUCGGCGUUUGCUGGAUAAGAGUAAGAUGUUUCACGUGACCUGUGGAAUCACUAUAUGUGUCUUCUCAGGUGAGGAACUGAUCUCUCACCUCAUGAACAUGUUCAGUUUCUCUGUUAGAUAUUCAGAGGAUUUCCCUGCACUUAAUGUCGCUCAGUACAGAGGACAGGAUCCCAGAAUUCUCAUCGUAAGCACAGUUCCUGGAGUUACUGGUGUCCUGUUGGUUUUGGUGUUGUUUCUGAUGUUUACAGCAUCAUCUUACAGUAUUAGAGUCUCCAGUUAUGAGAUAUUCUGGUACACUCACAACCUCUUCAUUGUGUUCUACAUUAUUCUGAUGGUCCAUGUGUUAGGGGGAGCUUUAAAAUAUCAGUCGAACGUGGAGGCCCACCCACCUGGCUGUAUGUACACAAAUAUCAGUUCAGACACUUUGACCAAUCACAGAGCAGCUGGAGAGAAGGGGGUGGAGAAUUUAGGAGGACCGCUGACAGUUUGCCAAGAAGAGGCCCGAUUUCAACCUCAUUUCCCUCAGACGUGGCUGUGGGUCUCUGCCCCUCUCUGUCUGUACUGUGCAGAGCGGUUGUAUCGUUACAUCAGAAGCAGCGCAGCUCCUGUUACCAUAGUUUCAGUCAUUAGCCAUCCAUGUGAUGUCAUAGAAGUGCGCAUGCUGAAGAGCAGCUUUAAGCCCCGCCCUGGACAGUACAUCCUGCUGAACUGCCCAAGUGUGUCCUCAUUCGAAAACCAUCCCUUCACUCUCACCACGUGUCCAACAGAGAAGAAUGAAACAUUUGGUAUUCAUCUCAGAGUUCUUGGAGACUGGACAUCAAGAUUUUCUCAGCUGCUUCUUCAACAGGCAAACAGCUCUGAAAUCCUUCCCAUGAUGCCACAGAGGAGAUAUCCCAUAGUGCAUGUGGAUGGUCCGUUUGGCAGUCCGUCAGAGGACGUGUUUAAUUAUGAGGUCAGCCUGUGUGUGGCGGGAGGGAUUGGAGUCACGCCAUUUGCUUGUGUUCUGCAAGCUCUCUUCGAAAACUGGCGCCAGUAUAAGUUGAGGAGGCUGUAUUUUGUUUGGGUGUGCAGAGAACUUCAGUCCUUCUAUUGGUUUGCUGAUCUACUGUGCAGCCUUCAUGAGAAGCUGUGGCAGGACAAUCGUCCAGACUACUUGAAUGUUCAGCUCUACUUCAGUAACACUCAGGGAUUACAGAACAUCAGUGAGGAACGUUACCGUUUCUUGAGCUCCAGGCUUCAGAUCGGUCGACCGAAGUGGAAACUCCUUUUCCAGGAGAUCGGGAGAGCCAAUCGGAUUGCAAGAGUGGGAGUGUUCUGCUGUGGACCUAAAGGAAUUUCUAAAUCAUUACACACUCUGUGCAAUUCAAACUCACACUCAGGAACUGCCUUCGAGUACAACAAGGAAUCGUUCAGCUGAGGUAUUGCAAAUGAAUAAUGCUAGAAGAGGGCUGAAGAAAUGAAAGGACAGUUACACUGUAGAACCAGAGAUAAACGUCUGAAUUUUAUGGAUGGCAACAUCUUAAAAUAAAUCCUGAAAAAAGGGGGCAGAAAGCUGGUAAACUGUGUAACAAGAGAGGAAAUCUUGCACCGUCUUAUUCAGGGAACAUUUGUGCCUCUGAGAGUUUGUCUAUAUAAACCAAAUACUUGAAAAGACCUUAAUAACACUUAAUUAUUCAUAACCUGUCAUCCUCUCUGACAGGGAUAGUUCACCCGCAGUCAUCAUUUACUCACCCUCAUGUUGUUCCUAACCUGUUUCAUUGGCUAUUCCAUUGAGUUUUUUUCAUAUGUAACACACAAAUCCACCCAACACAUAAAGGGUACAUCAACCAUAUUUAAAGCAUUGUUACAAGUUUCACAUUUAUUUCCAAUAUUUAUUUCUUUUGUAUUUUGUGAAGUAGCACAAUAAUGGUUUCUGUUUACUUUGGACGUAUUUUAUUAUGAACAAAGUAUUUGCGAAUGUCCAAAAUGUACUGCACUGUUAUUGUAUUUCAACUGGCAAAGAUUUCAUUGGAUCUAUAGUUAUUUUCAUACUUAAUCAAAGUCUAUAAACACAAUUUUAAAUAUUA